AUGACCAAGGCGACGGUUACGGAUAAGGGUCGGAGACCCGAAGCCCGCACCACCCCGCUCGAUCCCCACAUCCUACACGACGCCGCCGGCGGUUGGAGGGCGGCGGCCACGGGCACGGCCGGGCGGCCUUGGCGCGUGCAAGAGGGCGCGUGGCCGGGCGGAGGCCGGGCCGCAGGGCUCGACGCAGCGGCCGGGAUCGGGGCGCGGCGCAGCGCGGGUUGGAGGGCGGAGAGGCCGUGGCCAGGGCCGCAGCGCGGCCGGGCGGACGAGCGCGGGGCGGGGAGUCCGUGGCCAGGGGCACAUCGCGGCCGGGCGGACGAGCGCGGGGCGCGGAGGCUGUGUCCUGGGGCGCAGCGGCCUGGCGGACGAGUCCGCGCCGCGUCGCGGUUGGGGGCCGUCCUCGCGGGCGCCAAGGCCGAAGGACGCCGCUGCGUUCGCGCCAGACGGCGUCGCCUCGCCAUGGAGGUUCGAUCCAACGGCUUGGUUGCAGGCUGGGUGGUCCGGAAGACAACUGCGCUUUCCGGUUCAUACGUCGGGCUGGCUACCGGCAAGCGACGACAAAGGCUGUCCCUUACAGGGGAAAAAGGAAUUCAUGGCCACAGCGCGCUGCAGGAACGCCGGUCCUGAGGGCCGCACCGACGAACUCGCGAGCGAGCGAUGCUGUAGGCGGAAUCGUCGCGCAGAUGGAAUCGCUCCACCGGGAGCGUGCGCGGGCGGUCACCGGGCUCUGUGUCGCCUGAUGGACUCUUUCUUUCUCAGUGGAGAAGACUAUGUGCUGAUAACGUGUUGAAUUGUAAACGAGAGCAACGAGAGACAAUCGAACAAAAUGAUUGAACUA